CUUGUCUCCCUCACCCAUGGCUUCGCGCCGGGUCUCACCUGUUGAAUUGCGCCGCGAGUGCUCAGCCGGGAAGUGCUGGGUCCUUGUUGGUAACAAAGUGUACGAUGUGACGGCUUUUGUGAACCUCCAUCCUGGAGGGGAGCGAUUACUGCAAGACCGGGCUGGGAAGGAUAUUCAAGCAGACUUGAAUGGACCCCCACAUCGGCACUCGGAAAACGCCCUCCGCUGGCUGGAGCAGUAUUAUGUGGGGGACUUACAGGCAGAGAGCCCGGAACAUAAGCCGCAGAACUUGAAAGAGAAACCGCAACAAUACAGCUCAGCCACAGACCAUAAAGAAGAUUCUACUGGAAUUCAGUUUAAAACUUUCAGCCCAGAGACGGAUUUAGUAGACUGGGAGAAGCCUUUACUCUGGCAAGUGGGCCACCUACGGGAGAAGUACGAUGAGUGGGUACAUCAGCCGGUGAACCGCCCUAUCCGACUAUUCCACUCGGACUUUGUGGAGUCGUGUUCUAAAACAGCUUGGUACAUAGUGUUGUCUGUAUGGGUCCCAGUGGUUCUUUAUUUAUCCUGGUACUGUCUCACAGAAUUGGCUCAAGGAAACACAAGACUCUUUUCUUCAUUCACCAAAGAUUAUUCUGUUCCUGUGCCAGUGUUUUUCUUCUUUCCACUUUUCCUUAUUGGAGUAUUGGUGUGGACUCUAAUGGAGUAUGGAAUUCACAGAUUUGUCUUCCACAUGAACCCACCUGCUAGUAACUACUAUCUCAUCACCCUGCACUUCAUGUUGCAUGGGCAGCAUCAUAAGGCUCCCUUUGACAGCUCCCGUCUGGUGUUCCCUCCAGUCCCAGCAUCCUUUGUGAUUAUUCCUCUGUAUAUCUUGGUGCAGCUGAUUUUUCCAGUUCCAGUGGGGCUGUCUGUUUUUGUAGGAGGACUUUUUGGAUAUGUGGCAUAUGACAUGACACAUUAUUAUUUGCACUAUGGCAGUCCUAACAAGGGCUCUUACCUGGCCUGGCUAAAGUCAUAUCAUGUCCGUCAUCACUUCGAGCAUCAAAAAUCUGGUUUUGGCAUUACCAGCACCUUGUGGGACCGCCCCUUCAACACUCUUAUUCCUGAGGAUAAGGAUAAAGACAGCUAGAACGUACCAUCCUCAUAGCUAUACAUUGUCAGAAAGACACCUGCUGGCUUGCAGCCUACUGUACAUAAAGGAGGAGGAGAACAUGUGUUUUCACAUUUUUUACAUAAAAGAUGUUCAACUUUUUCCAUUGAUCCCAUGUGCUCUGGGAUGCAUGUCAGCGGGAAAUAAUUAUUUAUUAAGGAAAAACAAAUUAAAGGGGAUUGCCAAAAAAUGUAAGAACACCCAGGCUUGGCAUCUUCUUAAGCUAAUGCAAUGCAAGUGUUUCCAUAGUUGAAAUGGACCCUGACUCCUUGACAAAGGAGGCACGCAUACACAUUGUUCUCCUUUAAAAUCGCACUGACAGACUUAAGCUUUAACCCUGGCUUCCCCUGUCAUGUGAACAGCACAUUGUAAAAUCCAUAAUGUGUAGAAAUGCCUAAAAAUAAACUAAUAUUUUCUUUUUUUAA